UUUAAUUCAUCAUUUGCAGAUUUUGUCAAAAUUUUCAGGCGGGGAUCGUUUACUUUCUUCAAUUUUUUUUAACGUUGACGAACUAUGGGAAUUAGAAUUAAUGAAAAUAAAAUGCUAAAAUUUAUUUGAUUUCAACCACAAAAAAUAACCCUAGAUCGGCCCCCAAUUCGACCCUCCUGUGCAAUUUCUAGCCACCUGUAAGACGAGCUCCUACAUGAGAAGAUAGCCUACAACGGUAUAGAAGGAAAGAGUAUAGAGAAGUGAUAACAAGAAGAGAAAUCAGGAACAAUGCCUCCACAGAAGAUUGAAACAGGUCACCAAGACACUGCCCAUGGUAUAGCCAUGGAUUAUUAUGGAAAGCGUCUGGCAACAGCUUCAUCUGAUGCCACCAUCAAGAUUAUCGGUGUUAGCAACAACUCUGGUUCUCAGCAUCUUGCUACAUUGAGCGGUCACAGAGGUCCUGUUUGGGAGGUAGCUUGGGCACACCCCAAGUUCGGAUCAAUCCUUGCUUCUUGUUCCUAUGAUGGCCAAGUUAUAAUCUGGAAGGAGGGCAACCAAAAUGAAUGGCAACAAGCACAUGUUUUUAAUGACCACAAGUCGUCAGUGAACUCCAUUGAUUGGGCGCCUCAUGAACUUGGUCUGUCCUUAGCUUGUGGAUCAUCUGAUGGGAACAUCUCGGUUUUUACAGCCAGGGCUGAUGGUGGUUGGGACACCACUAGGAUAGAUCAAGCCCACCCUAUCGGAGUAACCUCUGUCUCAUGGGCCCCAUCUAUGGCUCCUGGCGCUCUAGUUGGUUCUGGUUUGACGGAUCCCAUUCAGAAACUGGCUUCCGGCGGCUGUGAUAAUACUGUGAAGGUGUGGAAGUCGUAUAACGGAACUUGGAAGAUGGAUUGCUUCCCUGCCCUUCAAAUGCACGCCGACUGGGUGAGAGAUGUUGCGUGGGCACCCAACUUGGGGCUUCCGAAGUCCACUAUUGCGAGUGCUUCGCAGGAUGGUACGGUGGUCAUAUGGACUGUAGCCAAGGAAGGGGAUCAGUGGGAGGGCAAGGUUUUGAAGGACUUUAAGACCCCGGUCUGGAGGGUGUCAUGGUCACUCACUGGGAACUUAUUGGCUGUGGCUGAUGGGAAUAACAAUGUUACAUUGUGGAAAGAAGCUAUUGAUGGUGAGUGGCAAGAGGUGACCACAGUUGACGCAUAGGUUUCACAUUUUUAUGUUUCUGCUACUCUCAACUGAUAUAUUUUUGUCUUCUCAUGAAUUAUCUCUUCCAACGGUUUUCUCGUGGUUUUAUUUUGAGUACCUUGUAGUCCUGAUGUUUUCAAUUUUUUUUUUUUUUUUAUCAGUCAUGUAGAUGAUGAGGUUUAUACUCAAACUCGAACUUUUUUAGACAAGUCA